AUGCCGAAAUUUAUGUCUCACCGAUUUUCUUACAACAGAAGACGACAUGAUAGCAACAGAAUACGACUUUCUGGUGGUGCAGGUGCUCAUGCUCCACAUAUAAAUUUAACUUAUGUUGAUAAUGAUGUGCAUAUAGAAUUAAAAAAGGUUAUCCAAUCCGGUGAAAAACGUACACUCAUUCUGAAAGCUGAACAAUUUUUUGAAAUUUCACAAAAAAACGAUGAAAUCAAACUUGCUGGAAGAAAUAUUGCUAAUUAUCAUGGAAGUGAUAGCACAACACAACCAGCUAAGGAAGUUGGUUUAUUUAAAUUUAUUUCACGGUCUGAUUUUGAGAGUACUACAUGUGAACAUAUGUAUGAAUGGGAAGUACCAAAUUCAAAAUUGAGAGUGAGUGUACGUAAUCGUCGAAGUGAUGGUAAACGACCAAUUAAUACAGACUUUGUUGUUGAAAUACGAGUGUUCGGUACAAAUGGUUUACCCACUGAUGAAGGUAUUAUGAUGGCAUGGCAUAAUUUCGAGGGUACAUUUGUUAAACAUCAAAAAGAACGACAAGAUCGAAUUCAACAAAUGCGUAGGAAUGGAGUAUUGAAUCCUUUGGCAAGAUUGAACGCCAACGGCGCUUCAAGUUCAACUAGUGCUGCUACAACUACUGCUACUGUUUCUUUAUCUUCAACAACCACAGGAAACUUACCUACCUGGACAAUUCAAGAAGAAUUUGUUAACAAGGAGACCUAUUCAUGUGUUAUCUGUAUCGAUACUUAUGUGAAAGGUGCAAUAGUGAAUGGUUUACCAAACUGCAGUCAUUAUUUUCACUCAUCAUGUAUUGGAACAUGGUUAGUUGGAAGCGACCAGUGCCCUACAUGUAAUUUGGGUGAUGCAGUAAAACUCAAUGUUCAUCUUGUUCUUGCAUUAGAUGAAAAUCCUCAUCGACGAUUUAUCUAUGUUGAAAUGGCUUUCUUUUAUCGUUGGUGGCUUCAACAAACAGAUAAAAUUCGUGAUAAAGUUAAAGAAUUUGUUAAUUCAGGUCGUCUUGAAUUUAUUUCUGGUGGUUGGUGUAUGAAUGAUGAAGGAACAACACAUUAUAAUUCAAUCAUUGAUCAACAUAGUUUAGGUCUGGAAUUUCUAAAUGAUCAAUUUGGUCAUUCACGUGAACAAGCUUCUCUUCUUGUACAAGUCAAUCAAUUCUUUUUAUAUAAAAAAAAGUAUCUUCAAAAACGUAAUACAACAAAAACAAUGGAAAUGAUUUGGAAAGCAAGUGCUAAUUUAGAUCGUCAAAGUUGGUUAUUUACUGGUAUUUUACCUCGAAGAUAUUCAACUCCAGCAACAUUCUCGUUUGAUUUUAUUGCUCCAGAUGAUCCGAUCAUAGAUGAUGUAAAUUUACCAGAUUAUAAUGUACCAGAACGUGUUCAAACAUUUAUUCAAACAGCUCAGAAUGAAUCAAUGGAAUAUGCAACUAAUCAUAUUAUAAUGACAUUUGGUGUUAAUCGUAGUUGGAUAACAAAAACUGAUGAUUUUUUUCCACAUGCACAUCAUCCACAUGGAUUUUGGACAGGAUAUUUUACAUCACGACCAGCUUUAAAACGUUUUGAACGUUAUUCAAAUAAUAUUUUACAAGUCAUACGACAAUUAAAUACAUUUCCUAAUAGUCAAUUACGAAAUCAAAUCUUCAGUUUAAGUGAAGCAAUGGCGAUUGCUCAACAUCAUGAUGCAGUUAGUGGAACAGAAAAACAACAUGUUGCAAAUGAUUAUGCACAACGAUUAUCCAUUGGAAUUGAUGCAGCACUUAAUGUAAUUAAUACAGCUUAUCCAAAACUAUUAACAAAAGAUAAUCAAUCCUCAACAGCAGAAAUUCAACAAUUUCUUUGUCAAUUAACAAAUAUAAGUGAAUGUUUACCAAUUGAAAACGCCAAACAAUUCACAGUAAUACUUUGGAAUCCAAUAAUUCAUCCAGUUGUCGGUUAUUUACGUGUCCCUGUUACGAGAUCUUAUACAGUUCGUGAUUCAAGUGGGCAAACUCGUUUUGAGUUAAUUCCAGUUUCAAAUUCAACGAAAACAAUACCUGGUCGAAUGAGUAAUGCAACGUAUCAAAUGAUUUUUAAAUAUAAUUUACCAGCAUUGGGUUUUAAUACAUAUUUCUUUCAAGCGAAUGAAGGAGAAGAAGAAGAAAAAUUCGAAAUAACUAGAAAUGAAAUAUGUAUUUUACGAAAUCAAGGUUAUUCUGGUAAUAAUUCUCAAUUUGAUUUUCAAGCAUCUGGUGCUUAUAUCUUUCGACCAUAUUGUUGUUUAGAAAAUGUAUUAAAAGUGAACUUGUUCCAAACAGCAAUUAUUAUUUUUAAUGAAUGGAUUAGUCAAGAAAUUAAUCUUUAUGAUGAAGGAGAAGAUAUUGAAAUUGAAUGGACAGUAGGUCCUAUUGCAAUUGAUGAUAAUAUUGGAAAAGAAAUUAUUCUUCGAUAUGAUACAGAUAUUAAAAGUCAAUCAAAAUAUUAUACAGAUGCAAAUGGUCGAGAAGUUCUUCAACGAAUAAGAAAUUAUCGACCAACAUAUAAUUAUACAAUUACGGAACCAGUUAGUGGAAAUUAUUAUCCAGUUAAUUCCCGUAUAUGGAUUAAUGAAACAAAUCGACAAUUUACUAUUCUUACUGAUCGUUCGGAAGGUGGUGCAAGUCUUAUUGAUGGUUCAAUUGAAUUAAUGAUACAUCGACGUUUACUUUAUGAUGAUAAUUUGGGUGUUGGUGAAGCAUUAAAUGAAUCUGCAUUUGGUCAAGGUCUUGUUGUUCGUGGAAAACAUUUUCUUAAUAUUGAUUCACCUCAAACAAGUGCUCUUUAUCAUCGUAUUCAUUCACAAGAAUUAUUCAUGUCUCCACUUGUAACAUUUGCAUUAAUUAAUUCAUCUUAUAUGAAUUAUUCAAAUUUAUAUCGUCAAACAUGGUCUGCAUUAAGCGAUAUAUUACCUUCAAAUAUUCAUUUAUUAACAUUAGAUCAAUUGAAUGAAAAACAAUAUCUUAUUCGUCUUGAACAUUAUUUCGAAUUAAAUGAAGAUGAAAAAUAUUCAUAUCCAACUAAAAUUAAUUUACAAUCAAUAUUUAAAUCAAUUGGAAUAAUUGAUAAAGUACUAGAAUUAACAUUAGAUGCUAAUUAA